AUGAGUUUCUGUAUCUACAUAUGUUUCUUAAUAUCUACAGAUGAGUCUUUAUGCCUACAUAUGAGUCUCUGUAUCGACAUAUGUUUCUUAAUAUCUACAGAUGAGUCUUUAUGCCUACAUAUGAGUCUCUGUAUCUACAUAUGUUUCUUAAUAUCUACAGAUGAGUCUUUAUGCCUACAUAUGAGUCUCUGUAUGUACAUAUGUUUCUUAAUAUCUACAGAUGAUUCUUUAAUAUCUACAGAUGAUUCUUUAUGCCUUCAUAUGAGUCUUUGUAUCUACAUAUGUUUCUUAAUAUCUACAGAUGAGUCUUUAUGCCUACAUAUGAAUGAGUCUUUAUGCCUACAUAUGAGUCCCUGUAUCUACAUAUGUUUCUUAAUAUCUACAGAUGAGUCUUUAUGCCUACAUAUGAGUCUCUGUAUGUACAUAUGUUUCUUAAUAUCUACAGAUGAGUCUUUAUGCCUACAUAUGAGUCUCUAUGAGUCUUUAUGCCUACAUAUGAGUCUCUGUAUCUACAUAUGUUUCUUAAUAUCUACAGAUGAGUCUUUAUGCCUACAUAUGAGUCUCUGUAUGUACAUAUGUUUCUUAAUAUCUACAGAUGAGUCUUUAUGCCUACAUGAGUCUUUAUGCCUACAUAUGAGUCUCUGUAUCUACAUAAGAUUCUUAAUAUCUACAGAUGAGUCUUUAUACCUACAUAUGAGUCUUUAUAUCUAUAUAUGUUUCUUUAUAUCUAUAAAUCAUUCUUUAUAUCUACAUAUAAUUCUUUAUACCUACAUAUGA